AAAAAUAUUAAGUCAGUUAAAAUUAAAAAAUGGGUGAGGAGUGAGGACGAAGUGAAUGGACACGUGCACUGGAUCGCAGAGGGACAGAGGAGCGAGCGGCGGCGGAGUAGCGAAUACGCCGUUUUGGUCGCCUCCUUGAAUCUCUUAAGGAUGGACCUGGUGGCUAGUUGCAAGGACAAAUUAGCAUAUUUCCGAAUAAAGGAGCUCAAAGAUGUCCUUACACAGCUAGGUCUUUCAAAGCAGGGAAAGAAACAGGAUCUUGUUGAUCGGAUAUUGGAUGUUCUCUCUGAUGAGCAGGUUUUGGGGACGUGGGCUAAGAAAAAUGCUUUUGGAAAGGAGGGAGUGGCAAAGCUAGUUGAUGACACCUACAGAAAAAUGCAGUUUUCUGGGGCGGCGGACUUGGCUUCAAUAACACAAGCCAUUUCUGAUAGUGCAAGCGCAAAACAUAAAGAGGAAGCUGAAGAUUCUUAUCCAAUGGAAAAGAUCCGAUGCGUCUGUGGAAGCACUCUGGCAACUGAUUCAAUGAUCAAGUGUGAAGAUCCUAGGUGUAAUAUUUGGCAGCAUAAAACAUGUGUGCUGAUUCAUGAAAAAACCAUGGAGGGUGUCUUACCAAACCCACCGGACAUUUUUUUCUGUGAAAUUUGCAGACUGAGUCGUGCUGACCCAUUUUGGUCGACAGUUGCACAUCUCCUUUAUCCCGUGAAGUUGAAUAUCACAAGUGUUCCUGCAGAUGGCUCAAGUCCUAGUCAAAGCAUUGAGAAAACAUUUCAACUCACGCGUGCGGAUAGGGACUUAUUGUCUAAACAAGAAUAUGAUGUUCAGGCUUGGUGCAUGCUUCUUAAUGACAAGGUGACAUUCAGGAUGCAGUGGCCACAAUAUGCCGAUUUACAGAUCAAUGGUGUACCAGUGAGGGUAAUAAACAGACCUGGUUCUCAGUUGUUGGGAGCUAAUGGUCGGGAUGAUGGCCCUGUUAUUACGCCGUGCACCAGAGAUGGAAUUAAUAAGAUCUUCUUAGGAGGAUGUGAUGCCCGCAUCUUUUGUGUGGGAGUUAGAAUUGUCAAAAGACGCACUUUGCAGCAGGUUCUUAACAUUAUUCCAAAAGAGUCGGAAGGAGAAGUCUUUGAGGAUGCACUGGCUCGUGUUCGUAGAUGUGUUGGUGGUGGGGCUGCAACAGAAAAUGCUGAUAGUGAUAGUGAUAUUGAAGUUGUUGCUGAUUUCAUUCCUGUCAAUCUUCGCUGUCCGAUGCAAAAAUGUGGGGAAGAUGUGGCAGAGAUCGAGGUAAAACCCGAUGGAUCCUGGCGCGCUAAGGUAGAUGGUGGGAAUCGAACAGUCUUUGGCGAGCUCGGGCUAUGGCAUUCACCAGAUGGUACCAUCUGUGCACCCACAGAAGCCGAAUCCAAACCCAAUCCCGAACUCAAACAGGUCAAACAAGAACUGGGCUCCAAUAGCCACCCCAUCGCUCUCAAAUUAGAAAUGAGAAAAAAUCCUAACGGCCGUUGGAUUAUCAACAAACCGGAAAACAGCCCGAACAUAAUUAUUCCCAUGAGCAGCAGUGCCACUGGCAGCGGUAGGGACUAUGAGGACGCCAGCGUGAACCAGGUUGGCGGGCCCACCACUCUCGACUUCUCUGUGGUUAAUGGGGCCGAGUAUGAAUCCAUCACGCCAGCUGGCGGUGAUGCUGAUGUCAUCGUCCUCAGCGAUUCAGACGAAGAAGAAAUCGAGCCGCUGACAUCAUCCGGAGGUGCUGUAUGUAAGAUUGCCGGAGCCGCUGACAUCAGCGUACCCGAUCAAAUUCCCGAUCCUCCUUACUACGGAAAUGGCGGGAAUUCUUGUCUCGGCAUUUUCAGUGCGAACGAGGACGAUUUUGGGAACAUGUGGUCGUUGCCAUGUGGAAGUCAGGGGGGGUUUCAGCUGUUUGGAUCUGACGUGGACGUUAAUAACGAUCCUUACACUAUGACUGCCGACGAGACUGUUAUGGGAUCUGCUGCUGCUGGGGUCCUUCCUGAGCUCGGUCAAAAUUCAAACUCGAACGGUGGAUUGGUGGAUAAUCCGCUGGCGUUUGGAGCAAGUGACCCUGCACUUCAGAUAUUUCUGCCAACGAGGCCGUCGAACGUGUCUGGCCCACCGCAGUUGGAUUCGAGAGGCAAAGAUGUCGCGAAUGGUGGUGUUGGCACUGAGGAUUGGAUUUCUCUCAGGCUUGGGGGUCGUGAAGGGGAAUCUGGGUCUGGGCAGCAAGUGCAGUCGGGUGAUGGUGGCUUGGGUACGUUGGCAGACAGUGGUAUGUGA